AUGAUGGUAUCCAAAAGGAAGAGAGAAUCUCCUCCAGUCAAGCUUAAGUCUAAGAAGCAAAGAAAAAAGACGAGUAAAAGUGGUGGGAUAAUACCGAUUGAAAAUAAAUAUGAAGCAUUACCAUCGAGUGAUAAUGAAUCAGACUCAAGUUUGAAGUUUGACUUUAAAUCAAAUUCCAGGGAACCAGAAAUGGUAUUCGUUGAGUCGGAUGAUGAGGAGGAAGGUGUUGUGAUAGUAUCCGAUGAUGACAAGCCGGAAGAUCUGGAAGAGCCGGCAUCGAAGAAGCAAAAGUUUGUAAAUAAUGAGUUAGCCAAGAAUCAAGAUUUCAUAGAAUUUGGCUUCAGCUCGUCAGAAGAAGAUGCUCCUGAACGUAACGAUUAUGAUGAUUAUUCCGAUGAUGGGGUACUAAGUGAUGAUGAAUCAGGCACGAUUCAUACGCAAACCACCACCAAAUCGUUAUACCCAUGGAUUAAAGACCAUGACCACUCGAAACAAAAGGAAAUUGCGGACUGGUUCACUAUGGAAAUUAAAGAUUUUGUCAAUUACAUAUCUCCGUCUGAGGCGGAAAUUAUGACCAGAAAUAGAGUUGUCAACCAGUUGAAACAACAAAUUGGGCAAUUUUGGCCUGCUACUGAGCUUCAUGUAUUUGGAUCUUGUGCUACUGAUUUAUAUUUACCAGGCUCGGAUAUAGAUAUGGUUGUUGUAUCAGAAACUGGAGACUAUGAGCAUAGAUCGAGAUUGUACCAGUUAUCGUCAUUUUUAAGAAAUAAAAAGUUAGCAAAAAAUAUAGAAGUGAUCGCCAAGGCCAAGGUUCCCAUUAUUAAAUUCGUGGAUCCAACUUCUAAUAUCCAUAUAGAUAUAUCUUUCGAAAGAACUAAUGGUAUUGAUGCUGCUAAGAAGAUUAGAAGAUGGUUGUCAUCCACUCCUGGUUUGCGAGAACUAGUCCUUAUCGUGAAACAGUUUUUGAGGUCGCGUAAGUUAAACAAUGUCCAUGUAGGAGGAUUAGGUGGAUAUUCGACUAUCAUAUUAUGUUAUCACUUCUUAAAGCUACACCCAAGACUAUCUACUAAAAAUAUGGCGGUGUUGGACAAUUUGGGUUCUUUGUUAAUAGAAUUUUUUGAAUUGUAUGGACGUAAUUUUUCUUACGACAAUUUAAUCAUUGCAAUUGAUACAGAAACUGAUCUUCCAAAAUACUUGCUAAAAAGAAAACAUCCAGUUUUGAAUACUUCAAGAAAUCCAUUUUCCAUCAUAAUACAAGACCCUUCUGAUCCAGCUAAUAAUAUAACACGAUCUUCUUAUAAUUUAAGAGAUUUAAAGAAGGCAUUUGGAGGUGCAUUUCAAUUAUUGGUUGAUAAAUGCUACGAAUUAAAUGGUGCAUCUUAUAAGUCCAGAAUUGGGCAGCUGAUUCUAGGUGAUAUUAUUAAGUAUAGAGGUAAAGAAAGAGAUUUCAACGAUGAUAGACAUAAGGUCACUAAUGAUGCAUUAAUUAAUCAUGAAAAUGAGGAAGGAAAUGAUGAUGAUGAAAGUGACGGUGCCAAUGGUAAUAAUAAAUAUUAUUUUUCCGACAUGACGGUUGAAAGUGAAGAAGACACCACAUUUGCACAGGAAAUAAAACCUGAAGAUCCGAAUAAAAAGAAAGUAGCCGAUUUUAUGAGCAUCAAUGUGCCAUCUGAGGAUGAAGAAGACGAUCCUAAGGAAAAAAAAGAGGAAGAUACCGAAACCCAAGACUCUGAUAAACAAAAGAAUAAUUUAGAUAAAGAUAUUAAAAGAGACUACUGGAGACAAAAAGGGUUAGGAUUAUGA